CUGCCUGAUCGCAUUGAUCGAACCACCAUGUCACUUGACGGAUUCGACCAGCUCGAUAUCCUUACUACCUGCGCUUAAUUCUAUCCUAGCGCACUCAUCAUCCUAAACUGCCGCCGUAACGAUGUCGUUCUCCGGCUUUGAUACAAACCGCCACAACCCAGCGGCCACUGGAUUCUCCCAGGCGCACGACCCAUUCGCCGGGCUCUCUGGUCGCGAGGACGAAGGGGAUGCCCUCGAGUUUGAAGAUACUUAUGAUGGCCUGGGGGAUCAGCUGGAGGAGACCGGCGAUGCUUUCAAUGACGACACCUUCGGCGACACUGCCGGGCUGUCGUCAGCGCCGGUAGGCAAGGACUUCGACUUCUUCGGUCAGACGGCCAAAGUCGCGAAUGCCAUCGAGGAGGAGCAUGUCCGCUUCAACCGCCAGCAACCCGUCGCCAAGGCUUCCCAAUCCGCCUCUCAACCAACUGCGCAAUCCCAGGCUCCCGCAUCUGGCGCAUCGUCGUAUGGCUAUGCUCCUCAGCCGGCUUCCCACAAGCCUGUGCGGACUGGUUACGAGAAGUACAGCAGCGAGCCGGUCGCUGAGCUCCAGGUCGAUGCGGCAUUGUGGGGCGUUGCCCCCAAGAAGCAGACUCAACCAGCUCCUGCUCCCCCUCCGGUGACCACACCUUCCUCGAUCCCCCCCGGCCGGAAAGUGCUAAGUGUGGAGGAGGUGGAGGCUCAGUUGCGAGCCCAGGCCAAAUUGUCCGCGCAGCAGGCUACUGCUCCGUCCACUGCGUCCCAGCCGGCUGCCGCUGCAUCUAUUGCCGCGCCGCAGGCGCCCCAGCAGACGCUGUAUGAGCAAGGCUAUCAGUUCUCGCAGGCCGAGCCACCUCGAAAAGAUCAAAACUUAGCUACCGGGCAUGGACAUCCUGUCAGCAUACUGCAGAGACCCCAGGCUACGCAGGUCCCUUCUCCUCAACCUGUCGCCCAGGCAGCGGCUCAUCUGCGCCAGCAGCCCCCGGCCCCUAUGCAGCCUACCCAGAUCUUGCAGAACCCUAACCGCCUGUCGGGAGAUGCGGCCAGACUCGGCAUCCGUCAGCACCCUAGCCCCGCCGUGCCAGGCUCCUACCCGACGCAUCCCGUACACAGGCAGCAGGGCUCGUUCUCCCGCCAACCCCCGAUUAUCACGCACCCGUCUCAGCUCGCCCAGCUCAGCGAGGAAGAGAAAGCUGCGUAUUUGGAGCAAGAAGCAAAGCGAGCAAAACGCAACCACAAGAUCUUCCUCAUGUCUCGCGACAACGGCAUCAUGACGCCUCAGGACAAGAGCUUUGUGACUCGUAUCCAGCUGCAACAGCUCGUUGCCGCUGCCGGAAAUCCCAACGAGCACGGCACGGACGAGUCCCUCGCCGAGGAUUUCUACUACCAAGUGCACAGCCAGAUCCAGGGCGGCCAACGUCAGCAUCCCAGCCAGCCGCUGAAUAAUUUUGCGCAGACAUAUCUCUUCCAGACGGGCAGCCGGAUGGGCGGCCUGCGUCGUCACCACCGCGGCCCGGAGAACCACGUGCAACGCAUGGAGCAGCAGGUCCAGCGUGCCGUGGAAGCGGCCAAGAACAAGCCGAAGAACAAGCAGCUGGUAAUCGAAGGCAGUCUGGGCAAGAUCUCGUUCAGCAAUGCCAAGACACCCAAGCCGCUGCUCAACAUCAAGCGCACCGAGAGCACUGGCGAGGCACAUCGCCCCGGAAGCGCGCACAAGCAGGUUUCCCACGGCGGCGACAGGAAGAGCGACCUACGGUCCAUCGAACUCAUCUACGCGACACUUAUGACGCUCGAAGACCACGACCGCGCGAUGCCUCCUCCUCCUGCGAGCGAGGCCGAUGCCGAAUCCAUCCAGAAGUUCGUUGCAUGGAACAGCGAGGCACAGAUCCUCAACGGGAAGCUGUGGGAGAGCCUCCGGGUCCACGACCAUCCCCCGGAGGGCCGCGUCCACCCUUUCAUCGCCAUUCUUUCGUACAGCAAGGGCAUGAAGGCGAUGCAGCGCAUCUCGCGCCAUCUCACCCAUGAGCAGCGCACGACCAUUCUUACCCUGAUCGUCGUAAAUCUCGACAGCCUAGAUGUUGUUCGCAACGCUCAGGUGACGUCUGAUGCGACGCAGCUGAAUGCCGCCAUGCGGGAGACGAUCGAGCUCUUCUCCGGGGCCGUCAUGUCGACUCUGUUUAACAUCUUGAACGAACUUGACCUGGACCUGGUUGCCGGCGUGCUCGGCCUUGUGUGCACUCGCAACGUGGACGUGAUCGCGAAGAGCAGAAUCGGUGCAGGAAUGCUAACCAUGAUCCUGAGUCGUGCCGAAAUCAUCAAGCAUGGCGGAGGCGGCAAUGAAGCAGCCUGGCGGUCAUGGGACGUGACGUACACGCAGUUCUUCGACCUGCUCGAGCCCACGCUGCCCCACAUCUUCCCGGGACCCGUCACCGCCAGCGACGAUAUCUACGUGUGGCAACUUUUGGCCGCCAUCGGCAUCGGCGCCGGCCCCGACCAGCAGCAGAGGCUGGUCCUUGCCGUCAAGGACCGUGUCAUGGACACCGUUGCUCUCGCCAAGACCCUCCCUCAGGACCUAGCCGCCCAGCGGCUCCAGAACGUGAACCUCUUUAUGCGCUCGAUUGGUUUGGACGUCGAGCUGCUCCAGUGAGUUGCCGCUGUGCAAUCAGAGCAUGGCCGCGGAGCAGCGUCUGGGAUGAGCACCACCCCCGUUCAGGAUUCACCAAAAGUUACAGCCCUUGGGUCAUCAGGAUGCCAGGAUCGGAUAGAGUGGGUGAUGUUGUGACUGCCGUGAAUGGUAAACGCAGAUGUCACAUGGUUCCGGCGCAAGGUGGCAGCGAUGGGUGGUCGGUCUGGUAUGGUUCGGGUUCGUUGCUUGUUGGACGCGAACUUGCCAACGCGACGAGAGAGGUCAAUCAAG